CGCGUCCGCCCACAAAAAAAACACAGUUAUUCCUCUGUAGCUUCAAUUCAAUUGUGCAACAAAAAAGAAUACGAAUUAUUUCUUGAUAUUGACAACGGGGAUUUUUCCAUGAAGGACACCAACAAGGCUUUUCGUACCCACGAACAAGAAGAGCAGCGAUAUAACGCGGAGUCGAGAGGGUGUUGGCCUGAUGCUUAAAUGGAAGUGGGUGGAUCUCCGCGAACACACACCACCAACUUCGAUUUGGAUAGCCUACAUAUCUGCAAAUGUCUAAUAUUGUCGUUAUUGGAAUGUUCUGGUGCCAUUCGGAAAUAAGCUUAUUUUGCGAGGCUUGAGAACAAGGGGACCGGACACAGACUUCUUCCCGUUAUUUCUGUGUUUAAUUGUGCCUGUGCUUGGUACCGCCCUUCCUGGCGGGUGGGUGGCUUCGUCAGAGACCGAGAGCUUCAGCGGUAAACGGGAGCGACGCCAGAGCCCAGUGCGAGCCAGUCGCAGAAAAAAAUAGGCCGUCCUUCUCCUGUCUGCUGCCUGCCUCCGUCACAACCCUGGCCGGCCUUUCUGUCCCAAACUACACCUCUCCGGUAUAUUAAUGCGUUAUGAGUGACUCGAAGAAGGAAACAACGGGAUCUGAAGGAGGGAAAUCAUCUGGGAAAAAGGGUAAAAGUUCGGGAUUGCAGGAUUCCUCCCAGCCAUCUCCUCUCGCCCUGUUAGCAGCAACCUGCAGUAAGAUUGGGGGGCAGGGGGGAGCAGACGGGCAGACCGGGCAGAUCCAGUUACAGGGGGGGCAGAUCCAGGUACAGGGGGGGCAGAUCCAGGUACAGGGGGGGCAGAUCCAGGGGCAGAUAGUUCUGGACGCGGCUGGGGGGCAGGCUCUGUUGCCACAGCAGCUGGAGCUGGUGCCUGCCCAGUUCACAGGGAACGGCUGGCAGAUCAUCACCACUGCACCCACAAUGGCCAAGGAAAUUGCCAAUCAACCCGUUGCCGUGACGUUAGCCAACACCUCGGCCAAUGACAGCGCUCCAGGGGGACGCAAGAUGAAGGCAGUGGCAGGUCCUCACAGCAUGCAGGCCAACCAGCAGCAGCAGUUCCAGAUCAUCCAGGUGCAGAACCUGCCGUCAGCGGGGGGAGGAGUCCAGUACCAGGUGAUCCCCCACCUGCAGACGUCGGACGGACAGCAGAUCCACAUCGGCCCCCAGACGGCCUCCCUUGGGGGGCUGUCAGACCAGGUCCAGCUGAUCCAGACUCAGAAUCAACCCCAGACCCAGGCCAUCCUCCAACCAGCCAAUCAGCAGGCCAUCUUGACAAGCUCAGCCAAUCAGAGCGUCCCGUUGCAGCUUCGUGCAGCCCAGUCGUUUCCUCUCCAGCUGCAGACCCUCCAGGGCUCUCAAACCCCAGUCAUGACUACGUUACCCAUAAACCUUGGCGGCAUGACCCUGGCACUUCCUGUCAUUAAUAAUAUAGGGGGGGGAGGGGCUGUGCAGCUCAUCCAAUCGGCAGACGGAAGUUUCUCCAUCGCUAACGGCAACCAGCUGAUGACAGCUGUUUGUGGAGCGGCCACUGUCCCUGUGUCAUCUGGUUCCACGACAACCGUUGCCAGCGAUGACGGAGUGUCAGACGGGACGCAGGUGGGCUCGGCAGGGUCGGAGGGUGGUGGAGCAGAGAGAGAGAACCUAUCACAGGGCAGCGAAUCAGACUCUCAGAACCAGGUCAACGGGCUCCAGGCCCAGACGGAACCUGCUGGAAGCAUCCAGCAGGUCAUCGUUGGCCAGAUGGGCCACCAAGUCCUCCAGCAGAUCCAGAUCCAGCCCCAGCAGAUCAACCAGAACCACCCCCAGAGCCACCCCCAGCAGAUCCAGACCCUCCAGCUGGCUCCGGGACAGACCCUUCAGCCCAUCCAAGCCUUCCAGAACCAAGCCCAGGUUCUGAUCCGCACCCCUACCCUGUCCCCCUCUGGUCAGCUCACCUGGCAGACCCUGCAGCUGCCUGGAGGCAUGUCUCUCCAGGGGGGGCUGGGGGCAGUACAGCAGCAGCUGACUCUAGCCCCCAUGGGUGGAGGGUCGGUGGGUGGAGGAGGGCUGGUGUCCCUGGGGGGGGCGCCCCUCACCCUCAGUGCGGCCCAGAUCAACCCAGGCUCAGGGGUGCAGACUGUCAGCAUCGCAGGACUGGGCUCUGCAGGGGUACAGGUGCAAGGUGUACCCCUCACCAUCACCGGUCUACAGGGUCAAACACAAGGUCAGGAGGGGGUGAAAGUGCAGUCGUCCCCAGUGACGGUCACCGUCGGCAACAUGGCAGGCUCGUCCCUCAGCCCUGACCAGCUGGGCUCGGUGCAGAGCUCGUCAGACCAGGAGGGGCUGCCCAGCAAGAGGCUACGACGCGUAGCAUGCUCCUGCCCCAACUGUCGAGACGGAGAGGGGAGGAACAGUGGGGACCCGUCGAAGAAGAAACAGCACGUGUGUCACAUGGAGGGCUGCGGGAAGGUGUACGGGAAGACGUCCCACCUGAGGGCCCACCUGCGCUGGCACACCGGGGAGAGGCCCUUCGUCUGCAACUGGAUCUUCUGCGGCAAGAGGUUCACCCGCUCCGACGAGCUGCAGAGACACAGGAGGACACACACGGGAGAGAAGCGUUUCGAGUGUCCCGAGUGUUCCAAGAGGUUCAUGCGUAGCGACCACCUCUCUAAGCACAUCAAGACCCACCAGAACAAGAAAGGCGGAGCCUCACUGGCCAUCAUCACCACGGACGACAUGGAGGACGACAACCAGGAAAGACUGAGCUCCUCUCCUCGCAUCGUCACCGUGGCGACGCUCUCCCAGGACUCCGACCCAGCCACGCCAACCACCUCCAAUCACAUGGAGGAGGAGGAGGAAGAGGAGGAGUUUGAAUAGAGACAUUUUUCUGGAUGUGAGGCCUGGGUUUUGUUUAGUUUUUUUUUCUGUUUCUUUUCUAUUGCUUAAUGAAAACAGACUUUCAGAAAUGAGGAGAGUUACAGUCGAUAGAAGCUGAAAUAUAAACACAUCAGAGUCUAAAAUGGAAGAAACAAACAUGGCAAUGACACAAUUUAGCCUAAACAUUAUUAAAUAGUAGUUUGGCAUUUAUGAAAAUGAGCUAUUAGAAGUAUAAUACAGGGGAAUGGAUUAUAUUACAUUUAGCACAAUAGGAACCCAUUGGUUCUAAAACCAUUAUAAUGUAGAAUUCUUUAGCUUAACAGAAUCUCUAUGCACAAAGAUGUAUUUCUGCUUUUUACAGCUCUGAUGAUGGUGGCAAAUCAUGAUAGGGGACUGUUAACAUACAGGUGAAACUGAGCAGUGUGUGAAUAAUGUGUGUGUGUGUGUGUAGCUGCACUUGCUCACCUGCUAUCAGUGAAGAGAAGAUAAAGAAUAGGGUUCAUUCUGCAGUUUAGUGUUAGUCUGCAGUCGGGUAAUACUAUCUUGGAGACCAGUCAACAGACAAACUGUUGUUAAAGAAAGGAGAGAGCGAACAGCAGAGAUUUCUUUUUUAAAAUAAGAGUAGAAAAAGCACAUAUGAACAGAAAAGAUUUAUAAAUGAUGCAUUCCUAUUGAGAAACGGUCGACAUUUGAAAUAGGUUUCUAUAAAAACAAUCUAGCUUUCUACAUGGUGGUAUGUGUAGUGAAAGCAAUACUUUAAAGACAAUCCAAAUGAAGCCAUGUUUACAUUGUCUAGUUGAGGUUUCUCUGACAAACAGCCAGUUAGCUCUCUUUGUGGGUGAACGCAGGAAAGCAAUUGGAAAGCAGUUCUAGAGUCCAAACACACCCAAAUCAUUCCUAAGUGGCAUUGUUUCAAAAGAAAUAUAAAAAACUACUGUGAGAAGAUAGGAUUAGGAAUUUUGUGUAUUGACACUUUCAUACGGUCACCUGCAUAAUGUCCUCAUGUGAUUUAAUUAAUUCCAUUUGCAAGAUGUUGGGUGUUUGACGUUAGUGCUGCUUUCUGGAAGCCCCCCCCCCCCUCCCACCUGAUUGAGGGUGUUCUGUACUACAAUGCCUUAACACAAGCUGUAGUGCGGUAACACUGAUGUUGUGAGUGGGACGGGGAGAUGGAGAAGGGUUCGGACGAGAGGAUGGCAAAAGGGGUGAGGGUUGUCACUUUGUCACAGAUGACCAAUGAAGACUGUCUGAAGGCCAAUGCACUCUACGGUUAAUACAGGAUCUGCCUUCUCCACUGCAAGCCACAUGAGCCCCCCACCCCUCCUUACACACACAUACACACACACACACGCACACACAGUGUGACCCCUCUGACAGUAAUACCCACAUACACAUACUUUUUUAUGUGCCACCGCUGACCGUCACAAGCACACACACUCUACUGCCCCCGCCCCCUCUCUCCAGCUGCUUGGCUUUGUGUUUCCUUCUUUGAGUGGGGUAGGGAGAGAGGGGGUGGGGGUGAGGGGAAGGGGCCACCAUGUUAAUUAAGCUAUGUCGAUGUUUCUGGUAGUGUUGUCUGUGUUAGUUCAAGUGUGUAAAUUAAUUUUUUGCUUUGCUUUUUGCUUUUCUAUUUUAAAAAGUCACAUUCUGUAUGUUACCACAGAGAAUGAGACUGUGUACGGCUAAUUUAUUAUUUAUCCUGAUUUUUAAUAUUUGCCUUUGCUGAAGUGUAUUGUGUGUUGGUUCUGAGGUUUUGUACAGCAUGUUUCAGUUCUGCCCAAGUGCUGCUCUCUUCUUUUAAUCGUGCUUCUUUUCUACGUCCAAUCACAGCUCUUCAUCUCUUCUUCUCUUGCGCCAUAAACGUGUUUAAAAAAUAGAAGUAGAAAGCAAAAAAAUAUAUAUAUUGUUCAAAAUGAAAUGGUUGAUACCAAACAAUUUAGAUGUUUUUGGUAAUAUUUUGUGUGAAACAAUUUUCUUUAAUAUUUUCUAGUGACAUCUCAUUUGUAAAUCUUUUUCUAAGAUGUUUGUCCGUCUCCAUGACAUUUGAUAAUGGGUUUUUGCCAGGUUAGCCUCAAAGGCUCCAGUUUAUUGAUAUUUUUAAAAAUUACAGUUUGUACAAAUGUGUUAUGUCGAUUCAAGAAAAAAGUGAGAAAUUAGAAGAUACUACCAUAACACUUGCCUGCAUAACACUUGACAAUAAAGUGAUUGAAACUGUU